UAUUAUAUAUUUACCGCCUCUGUUCCAAUCCUUUCGUGUUGUUGCUUCCAUUCUCCACCAUGGCAGGAGCUGCGGAGAACUUGUCUUCCGACGCCGCCGGAGCCCCCGAUGUUGUCGACGUCAAGUAUGGGUUCUCGAGGCCGGAGAUGUAUCAGAAAAACCUCGCCGGCACCGUCGACCCCCCCUACGAUCGCCACGUGUUCCUCUGCUACAAGACUUACGAUUCUUGGCCUUCUCGCGUUGAAGGCCCCGACAAUGAUCCUCUUCCCAGGCUUCUAUCUGCUGCUCUUAAAGCUCGCAAGGACACUAUCAAUGUCAAGACUCGUUUGACGAUAUGUGAGGGGCGCGACGGAACUGAAUUUUCUGACGGAGAUGUACUGAUUUUCCCUCAAAUGAUCAAAUACAGGGGUUUGAAGGAUUCAGAUGUGGAUGGUUUCGUGGAGGAUGUACUUGUGAAUGGCAAACCAUGGGCUUCUGGAGUGGAGGAGGUGUUGUUUGGUUCUCAUGUAUUUGUUUGUGCUCAUGCUAGUAGAGAUCAGAGGUGUGGGGUUUGUGGACCGGUUCUUAUUGAGAAGCUUAAAGAGGAGAUUGAACUGAAGGGACUGAAGGACCAGGUGUUUGUGAAUGCUUGCUCACAUGUUGGGGGUCAUAAAUAUGCUGGAAAUAUAAUAGUUUUCAGUGAAGACAAAGAGGGGAAAAUUGCCGGUCACUGGUAUGGUUAUGUGACUCCAAAUGAUGUGGGUGAAUUGCUAGAUGAACAUAUUGGAAACGGAAAGAUCAUAGAUCGUCUUUGGAGGGGACAAAUGGGUGCACCUGUUGGACAUUCUGAAAGUGUGGGUGAUAAGAAGAUCGCUAAUGGAGAGCGUCUGGAGAACACUGAAAAGCCCAAAGAAAAUGGCAUCCAAGACAAAAAGGAAGAUGUGGGAAGCUGUUGUCAGGGUGCCAAUGGAUUUUCUUGCUGUAGAGAUGGAAAUUUUGAAGUGAAAAAAACUGUAGAAAUCCAAGAAAAGAAGGGGGUGGGCAAACCUUCAAGCUGGAUCGGGAAUUGGGAGCAAACUGAUGUUCUCGCAGCUGUUGCAGUGAUCGGAGCAGCUGCAACCAUUGCUGUGGCGUAUAGCUUCUAUAAAAGGUCUGGAUGAAAGAUGCUCUAUCUAUCAUUUGCUCUAUUUUUGUUUGGCGCAUUGUGAGGAUGAAAAUGAAUGCCAGUAUUAGAAGUUUUUGCUCAAUUUUGGUUGGUUUCCACGGUGCCGGUUUGUAUUAAUGCCGAAAAAUUGUCACUCUGUUGAAACGCCACGCCCAUAGUUGGUAUGAAUGCAAAUGCAAUGUUGCUGAAACUUAGCUGAUUAGGUUGAAGACACCAUCUAUUUACCCGGAUCAGGAUGCUUUCUGAAACCCCUUCGCGUAUCCUUUCCCUUCUGAUUUGGUUGGAGCCGUUGCUAUAACUGUAUCGGUUGUAUUUUCAAUUGAUAAGUCACAUUUUCAUGAAAUAAAUAAAAUAGUUUUAUCUCUAA